ACCCCAUUUUUAUAUAAAAAGUGAAGAAUUCUGCCUCUUUUUUUUAUUAUAUAGAUUUAAUUUAUUUUCAAUAUCUGCCAUGUCAUGGGACCCAUUACAUCUGAAUCCACACCAGAUAUUAGAUCUACACUGGACAAAUACGAGACGCUUAUUGGAUUUGCAUAAAAUAGGCUUCAUCUAUUUUAUAUGAAUAUUAUUAUGCCGAUAGACUUUGAAGCAGAGUAAUAUGGUCUGUCAAAUGUCCAACCUUAAACUAAACUGGCUUCUAUGUGUCUCUGUCUCAUAAUAACGGUGAGACACAUCAUCAGUGUAUAGUGUUAUUAUUUUCAUUUUCGCCGAGACAGACUGAUUAAUGAAAGAAGUAGAAGGGAGAAAUAGCUGCAAACAAAAAGCAAAUGUCAAACCCGAAGAAACCAAACAGCUAUGCUAACGUUUUAGCCUAAAAGCUAACGUGUAACUCCCUGAUCAGCUGGCAGUUUGGCUGGGAUGAUAAACACGACGUUAUUUUUCUGCUGAUUGAAGAUCAUUUGUGAAACAACAACAGUGUUAGAAAUGCAUUGACAAGGUCAAGACAAAAUGAAAACAACACUACCUUAGCAAGUGCCGUCCAAACAUCAACAGGCUACCAUGCGGGGUCCGGUCGCUCAUUGAUGACAUCGCACAUUAGUUUUUUAAAGCUGAGUUUUGGCCAUGCUCAUUACUAAAACAUGUUUUCACGAUGAAUAGCGGACACCACUACAUCUUAUAAACUAUCUCUAAUAAAAACAAUAUUUAAAAUGUAUUGCUUUUAUUACUUGUAGUUUUAUUAUUUGAGCUAUUUUUAGUUUCUCACUCUUUACUCAAAUCAGUAUAGAGUACUAUAGAGUCUAUGAUGGAUGUUGACGUUAGUGCAAAACUGGGAGGAAAUGCUUCCUGAAAGGAAUACUAAGAUGUUAUGUCAAUUUCUUUUGUAGCAAAAAACAACUUGCAAUCUCAUGUGUAAACUACAUAGUCUCAGUUAGGAAAAGCAGAAAUUGCUACACAUGCUUCAGAAAAUGAAAAUCACACAGGACACAGAGGAGGCAGAACAUCAGAUCAUUGUUCAGCAGACCUUCAUUUCCACAAUGGCUGUUCCCUGCUGAUUCAUCUAAAGCUGUAGAUGUGAUGAGUGUGGUCCAUUUCUAGGUCAGUGAACAGUGUGCCACACUGCCUCACUGAAUAGGGAACAGAGAGGAGAGGCCAUGGUUCACACACACACACACACACACACACACACACACACACACACACACACACACACACACACACACACACACACACACACACACACACACACACACACACACACCAACCACACUUCACAUCCCCUUGACACACUGCAUACGCGUUAUAAAGCUCCACAUCCCUCAACCCUUUAACAACAGCUGCUUCACUACAGGGAAGAAAGUCAGGAUCAGUCUGGUAAGUUUUGGCUGAUUAUAUAAAUAGUAUUCUAUGUGAGAUGGAGGAGUUUAACGGUCUCCAAAGUCACUUGUAAUUGUUUUUAAAUUUUACAUAAACAAAGUUUGUUCAAAAAUAUUUUUAGGUCAGCUUGAGGAAGUCAUGUAUAAUGUAUUGUACUGUUAUCUGUAUUGCCACGUCUAUACGUUUACUCAAAAUACACUCAAAAUAAAUAUUUCUAAAUUCCGUUUCUGUCCUCAAUUUGUCAUGUAUUACAUUUAAAACAUACUUCUCUUAUUAUUAUUUGUCUUCCUCAUCAAAACAUUAAAUGCAAGUGUCUGUUGUUUCCUUUAAGAAUAUAUAAUCUUAGAACAAAAGCAUGUUUUACAACGUUGCCAUAAAGGGUGUCAUUGAGAUACACAACUAGAUGCCGGAUGAGUAGAUUAUUUUAACUACUACCACUCUAUUAAGACUUGUACACUAUAGUACAAUUCAAUACAACUGUUCUUUAAUAAGGGUUACUUUGAUGAUUCUGUUCAGUAUUUGUCAUAGAUGUGGCAAUUCAAAUAUGUUAAGUAUCUAAGUCAUAGUCUUAUUUAUUUAAUCUUUAUGUAAUCGGGCAGACUAGUUCAUGUUGUUGUUGCACUGAACUUCACAAGGCUCAUAGUGUUUAGUGACACAUUCGCCACAAUUUCAUCAAAACUGAGCCUUAUAAUCUUGUUAGGGAGAAUUUAUGGAGAAGUGGUUUCAUUGCAUUGCAUUGCAUUAGAUUAAAUAUGUGUAACUAAAGGCCACUGAGUGUAUGUUGAUACUGUUUGAGUGGUGAGUGGAUUUAACUCUCUUUUAAUCAUAGACACAUUAUAGUGUUUUAUAAAAUGUUAUACACACACAUAUACUCAUUCAAUGCUGACACAAACUGUAUUGUCACAGAGGAGCAGAAGUUCUCAGAGAGCAUUUUGCAUCUCCUUCUCAGAGGAUUUGGAGUUCCCUUUAAAUUUUCACACACUGGAGAGCAUGAGGUCGCCCUAUUUUCCAGCGAGGACGGUGCUUUUCCACAAGGAGCCCAACGGAGUGACGUACAGAGUGCCAGCGCUGCUCUUUGUGUCUCGCUCCAGGACCUUCAUGGCCUUCUGUGAGGAGAGACUCAGCCCGUCCGACUCUCAGGCUCACCUGCUGGUCCUGAGGAAAGGCACUUUUUACAGGAACUAUGUGGAGUGGGAUGACAUUCGUGUCCUGGGCACUGCUUUCCUGCCAGGCCAUCGAUCCAUGAACCCGUGCCCGGUGUACGAUGAGUUCACAGGAACUCUCUUCUUAUUCUUCAUCGCUGUCCUCGGCCACACCUCCGAGUCUUAUCAGCUGGUGACAGGGAGGAAUGUGACCCGUCUCUGCUACAUCUGCAGCACUGACGAAGGAGACACCUGGAGUCCUGUCACCGACCUCACCAAGAGGGUCAUAGGAGACACUCUCAAAGAAUGGGCCACUUUUGCUCUCGGCCCGGGCCACGGCAUCCAGCUGAAGUCGGGCCGUCUCCUGAUACCUGCCUACGCUUACCACAUUGAGUGCAAAGAGUGCUUCGGACAACUGUGCCAGACCACUCCCCGCGCCUUCUGCUUCCACAGUGACACCCACGGGCGGACAUGGCAUUUCGGGGAGGCAGUGCCGGUACCUGAGAGUGUGGAGUGUCAGAUGGUGUCUGUGGACGAGGAGGACGGGACUAACGUGCUGUACUGUAAUGCCCGCAGCCCUCUUGGUUACCGGGUGCAGGCACUCAGUCUGGAUGAUGGAGCCGUGUUUCAGGAGGGGCAGCUGGUGCAGCGCCUUGUGGAGCCUCGAAAUGGUUGUCAUGGAAGCAUCGUGGGAUUUCCUGCACCGUUACAUUUAUGCCAUUCUCUCGACAGUCAAUUGAAUCAACCCACACAUCACUCCAGACACUGGACUUCCUCAAACAUCACCACCUCUGUUUCCACCCCAAGCCCCAAUCCUCCAGAUUUCCUCACCCCCACCUGGGUAGUUUACUCCCACCCAACAUGGACAUCUGCACGCAAGGAUCUGGGCGUGUUCCUCAGCCUUUUCCCCCGUGAUCCAGACAGUUGGCGGGGCCCGUGGGUGAUCUACGAGGGCCCCAGUGCCUACUCCGACCUCGCUUAUCUAGAGUUGCCCCCCUCACCUGGUGCACCGCCUGCUGUGGCCUUCGCUUGCCUGUUUGAGUGCGGCACAAAAACCGCCUACGAUGAAAUCUGCUUCAGCAUCUUCACUCUCUACGAGCUCAUCGAUAAUCUGCCCCGGGAGGUGCAGCUGGGAAAUAUCGAUCAUGAAUGUAGAAGAAGGCAGAAUGAAGGCCCAGACGCAGAUUGUACAAGUGGACAUGAUGCACAAAGUGCUGCAGUUCUCCAUCAGGAGCCUGGAUUAAAAAAGAGAAGGAAGAAGCUGAGUGAGAUGUGCUCUGUGUCUUAAAUGUAGUUGUUGACCUCGUAACAAAGACUUUAAUUGUCUUCCAAUAAUAAUUUUUAUAUACACACUCUGUGGCCAUAUUAUUAAAUACAUCUGCCCAAUCUAGUACUUCCUACAUCUUUUCCUGGACUUUCCCGGCCCAAUUCAUUCAAAUUCAAAGUAAAGUUGGAGACAGAGAUCAAGUUUCAUUACUGUUAUAACUAUGACAAGAUUUGCAAAAUCCAAUGUAUAUAUAUGUCUUCCAAGAAUUUCAAGACGCGAUUAUUCCUCUCAAAAAUCUCAACCCUUGAGGAUUUCAAGGAUGGUGGAAGAUGAUAACUGUUCUGCUAUUAAGUCUUUAUUUAUUAUUAUAUAGUCAGGUCCAUAAAUAUGUGAACAUUGACACAACAUUCAUCAUUUUGCCUCUGUACACCACCACAAUGGACUUGAAAUUAAACACUCAAUAUAUGCUUUCAGCUUUAUUUUGAGGGUAUUUACAUCCAAAUCAGGUGAAUCGUGUAGGAAUUACAACACAUUUUAUAGGUGGUAUCUCCUUUUUAAGGGACCAAAUGUAAUUGGACAAUUGGCUGCUCAGCUGUUGCAAGGUCAGGUGUGUGUUUUUUCCUCAUUAGUUCAUUUACUAAGAGCAGAUAAAAGGACAUUUUUUUUCAAGUGUGGUAUUAGGAUUUGGAAUGUGUUGCUGUCAACUCUCAAUAUGAAGUCCAAAGAGCAUAAAUAGCUAUGGACCUGACUGUAUAAGAGCUAUUUUAAUGAAUUGCAAUACAUCGUACAGGUUUACUCUAUAAUGUGGUUACUGAGUGUAUGUACAUAUUACUGCAGAAUAUUGUGCAAAGAGCAUUAACUGCACCUCAGUGCAACCAGUGAAAAGCCUUUCUGUUCAGUAUACUUGUUUUGAUGUUAUUCACUUAUAUUGUUGAUUAAGUCUCAUUAAAAUGUUCUUCACAA